UUAAGUAUUUAAUGAACUCUGGUUUGCUUCAUUUGAAACUGUGAACUCCACCCAAGAUAGUCACUGCUUCUGUCCCUUCAUUUCAUUUGAAGUACUACUCAGCAAAUGGCUCAAAAAAGCAAAAUUUUGAUAAUCGGAGCGACCGGAUAUCUAGGAAAAUUCAUGGUGGAGGCAAGUAUGAAAUCUGGGCACCCGACUUUUGCAUUGGUUAGAGAAAGCGGAGGUUCUAAUCCUGAAAGGUUGGAACUCAUUGAGAGCUUCAAGAGCUCUGGGGUGGCACUUGUCUACGGAGACAUCUAUCAUCAUGAGAGCUUGGUGAAGGCAAUCAAGCAAGUCGAUGUCGUGAUCUCCACAGUUGGGGUUCAACAAAUGAGUGAUCAGGCGAAAAUCAUUGCUGCCAUUAAAGAAGCUGGAAAUAUCAAGAGAUUUCUCCCAUCAGAGUUUGGAGUGGAUGUGGAUCAUGUCAAUGCAGUUGAGCCAGCCUCCGGUCUUUUCGCUCUCAAGGCUAACUUCCGGAGAUCAAUUGAGGCUGAAGGAAUCCCAUAUACCUACAUCGUGUCCAAUGCCUUUCUUGAGUACUUUUUGAGUAACCUUGGACAGAUGGAUGCCACAGCUCCUCCAAGAGACAAAGUAGUAGUAUUAGGAGAUGGAAAUACCAAAGUAACUUUUGCCAAGGAAAAAGAUAUAGCGACUUAUACCAUCAAAGCAGUGGAUGAUCCAAGAACCUUGAACAAGAUCCUCUAUCUGAGCCUCCCUGCCAACAUUUUUUCAUUCCAUGAGAUAGUAUCUCUGUGGGAGAAGAAGAUCGGAAAGACCCUCGAGAAGACUUAUGUUCUAGAGGAUGAACUUCUUAAGAAGAUCCAGGAAUCUUCAUUUCCCACAAACCUCACUCUAUCCGUCUGUCACUCAGCGUUUGUGAAGGGAGAUGGUGCAAAUUUUGAGAUUGAUGCUUCUUCUGGCGUGGAGGCUUCUGAGAUUUACCCAGAUGUGAAAUACACGACUGUGGACGAGUACCUGGAUCAGCUUGUCUAAAACUUGGGAUAUUUGUUUGUGGCAAUAUAUACUGUUUACCAUGUACAGUAAAGAAAAAAAAAAACGGAGCUCGUGAAAUCUCCAUGGUCUGUUUGUGAUUUGCUAGUUUUCAUUUGUUCCCUUGUUUAUCUGUCAUAUAUAUAAACCGGCCUAGGA